CGGCUCUGCUUCUUCUAUUUAGUGGAUUGAAUCAGUGAUACCAUUGCGGUUGCGGUUUUCCGCAGAUAGUCUGUUCAGCACUUCCAGCCUCGCACUCGACUCACUCAAAGCUCUGUUUCUUUGAAACAUUAUACCCCUUCUUCUGCAGCAGUGCGCUGGGAUUUCAUUCCCGCACACUACCACAAUGACCUCGUCUCGGAUUCCAUUAUCGGAAAUUCCCAACCUGUCUCUCCUUUACAAGCUUAAGCAUUUGGUUCCUGCGUCAAGUCCUCGAAAUAGCAACCCCUCCCAAUUCCUAAACAACUCGAUCUGUCUUAUUACUAGCGAUAUUACAAAGCUCGAAGUUGAUUGCAUUGUAAAUGCAGCAAAUAAGUCGCUGCUAGGAGGGGGUGGUGUUGAUGGGGCAAUCCAUCGGGCAGCUGGUCGCGGUCUGCUCCAAGAAUGUCGCGCUUUGGGCGGUUGUGCUACAGGCGAUGCUAAAAUCACCAAUGCUUAUAACCUUCCUUGCCGAAAUGUCAUCCACGCUGUUGGUCCCAUGUUCUGGGCAGACGAGAAUAGGGAGAGUCUUUUACGCAGUUGUUACUCGCGCAGCUUAGCUCUCGCAGCAGAAAGUGGUUUGAAAAGCAUUGCCUUCCCGGCGAUCAGUACGGGGGUCUACGGAUAUCCGAGCUUAAAGGCAGCAGAGGUGGCUAUUUCGGCAGUUAGACACUUCCUGGAAACAAGCCCCGGGCCCCUCGAACGUAUUAUAUUUUGUACUUUUGAACAAAAGGAUACGGAUGCCUAUCUCAUACUUCUCCCAGAGUAUUUCCCGCCAACAGAGCAAGAUCUAUCGACGGAGACCGAGAAAAGUAAUGAGGCUCCAUUUCACCCGUCAUCCUCACCCGCGACACUCGCUGCUAGUCUUCCUGAUCCUCCCACUUCAGAGCCUACCCUGGAAGGUCAACCAGGUGCCAAAAAGCUCAAGGUCGGCACUGACGUUUCUGGGAGCACAACUUUCGACAAAGACAGUGAGAGAAGUGAAGAUGACUGGGAAAAGGUUGAUCAGGCUGAAGUGACAAACCCGACGACGGAGCGCCUCGAUGAUGAGCCCGUUGAGCUGGACGAUGCGCCGACUUCCGCAGAUGUCCAAAGCGUCGUAUCUAGUACUGCAGACCUCAAGGAAAGCAACUCUACAUAAUGGAAUAAACGAGACUUUUCAUGAAAAGGAAAGAGCCAUGUAUGCUUUAUUGUGACUUUCUCGUCUUCAAUUAUGUGUGUUCCAGUUUUAUUCCCCAUCCGCGCCCAACACCGUUUCACCGUCCCUCGACCAAAAUUCCAAUCGCAACAAUUGCUUAGAGAGUACGCAGCAGAGGACUCCUCCGCAGAGAUUGUUAACCAAUUGCUACCUCGAACUUCGAAUUGUCAUCGCGUGGGAAACUUAAAUGAGACGUUGACACCCGACUGACAGCUAAUCAUUAGGGAUGGCUGCGUAUAUUUUCAUCUUCUUCUUGUUUGCUGAUUCAUUUUAGUCGCCUACUUAUUCCAUUGUUGACUCAUUUUAACGGAGGAUGGAAAAAUAUUAUGGUUUAUAGGGUUCGCACAAUGCGGGCGUGGGAAGAUGGAGUUCUAUGUUUCGCAUGUGACACAAUGUAUUUCUGCUCAAUAUUCAAAACUGGAUGCGGGAAGCCGAUUCAUAAUGCUUUAUUGCUUCGCGACUAGGAAUAGGAAUUCUUAUUAGCUGAUUGAAAGAAAAAGGGUUCAAUGUUCAAUC